GAGCAACUACACAACAUUACCAUUGAAACGUAAAAUCAACUGAAUCGAUCUCUAUGGUCAAUUUAGGUCAUGUUGAAUGUAAUGCUCUCAUUCCUUCCACACCUGACCUCUCCACCAUAAAACAGAGACCAUAAUUCAAUAUUUCGUAUGGAUCUAAAAUUAAAGUAAUUUCCAAAAAAUAAUUACUUUACUUUCAAGUACAUUAACUAAACCUUAAAAAUACCUAACAAAGGGAAUAUACAGCGUUUGGAUAUACAGCUGUUGUUUACGUGUAAGCUGUUCAUGCACUGUUUAUAUGCUGCAGGGUAAGUAUUUCGUAUAUAAAACUGUUACACUCCUUAAAGCAAUCUCUUCCCACGACAAGUGCGUUAACCUGUCUGGUUGCUUAUAUAGUUACUGCUAACUAUAUGAGCACAAGUUCGCACAAAGAGGAGUACUACUACUAUUGCGAGAAAAGCGAGUAGGAUUACGAAUAUUUUCGGAUUUUACCAUUUCAAUAUAUUAUCACUAGCUGCACGAAGCAGCGGAGAUACACAAACAUGGAAGCCAAUAUAAGACAAACUGAAGAACCGAACGAUGGUCCACCAGGAUACUACGAAAACCCUGGAUACUUAUCUGCUUUUGAGCAUCCUACGACAUCUGGUCAUCCCGCACAAGCUGGAUGUCCACCACAACCCGGAUAUCUGUCACAACCUGGUUAUCCACCACAUCCCGGGUAUCCGCCACAACCCGGAUAUCUCCCACCAUAUGCAAAUCCAAUAACAAUGGGAUAUACCCCAUCGCCCUAUUACCCUUCAACUAUACCAGUGCAACAUCAACCCCUAUUACAACAACAACAACAACAGACUGUUAUUAUACAAAACGAACGACCACAAUACUUUGACAAUAACUUGACUGCAGCAAUUCUAGUCACCAUUUUCUGCUUUUUUCCAACAGGCAUUCCUGCUAUUAUUUAUGCAUCUAAAGCAAAUACAAGGAUCCGAAAUGGAGAUAUAGCAGGUGCAAACGAAGCUAAAGCGACUGCAAGACGAUUUAUCAUAGUAUCAAUUCUCGUUGGUUCACUCUGUUUUAUUGCUAUAAUAGUUCUGUCAUUUGUUCUAAGUAGACUAGGAUAUGCUUAUCAUGGAAGUAGUUCUGCCAAUAACCAUGACUUAAUAUCCGAAAAGAUUUUAGAUUCAGAUUAAAUGAAGUAUGUUCUUUUUCAUAUGCUUCAUCAAUUAUUAUCACAAAAUAUUCUCAGUAAGAGAUGUUUAAAUAUAUUGAGAACUUCAGUUAAUAAAUGGUAUGUUUGGUAAUAAAUGACAUAAUGUUAAAUAUUGAACAAUGAUAUAUUCUGAUCGGUGAUCUCUAUGGUUUCAGCCUGAUGGCAAGAACUAAUAAAACACUAAAACUAUGAGAGUAUAGAGAUAUUCCUGCACCUAUUGUACCAUUCCUUCUCUCAAGUUGAAUCACCCACGAAAGCAAUGGGUGAUGUUGCAUUUUGGUUUUAUUUUAAUAAUCUUUGGCAUUAUCGCAGGAACGGUCAAACUUUAAAAUCAUUUUAUAAAAAUAUAUGUUAAAUAAAGCAAAUUUUUAAACUCUU